UGCGCAUGAGCAGUGGCAAGUUUAGGCUGAAAAGCUGGCGCCAAGUAGAGGCACAUUCAGAGAGUUCGUGCGUGACUGCUAUUUCUUCACACUGCGGCUAAAGCAGCCACUGCUAACUGCUAACAACACGUCCCACCUGCGACAGGUAACCCGGGAACCUACUCUGACGUCAGGGAAGGAGCCACGUGAUGCCGUCACUGAGUUUAAAUGGAGUCACAGUGGAGUUCCCGUUUCCUCCGUACGACUGUCAGAAGGCCUACAUGAGCAGGGUGCUGGAGUGUCUGCAGCAGAAGAUGAAUGGGGUUCUGGAGAGUCCCACCGGUACAGGUAAGACCCUGUGCCUGCUGUGUGCAACCCUGGCCUGGAGGGACCACUUCAAGGACACCAUCUCUGCCCGCAAGAUUGCCGAGAGGCUGCACGGGGACGAGAUGUUCCAGAACACGCCGCUGUCAUCGUGGGGGACGGCGGCUACAGACGGAGACACGCCGACCUACUACACUGAUGUUCCCAAGAUCAUCUAUGCAUCCAGGACGCACUCUCAGCUCGCACAGGUCAUCAAUGAGUUAAAGAACACCUCAUACAGGCCAAAGGUGUGUGUGCUGGGAUCCAGAGAGCAGCUGUGUAUCAACCAGGAGGUGAUGCGUCAGGAGAGCAGCACCGUCAAGGUCCAUAUGUGCAGAGGAAAGGUUUCCACCAGGUCAUGUGUCUACUACAAUAAUGUUGAAGAGAAGAGCACUGACAGAGACCUGGUGAAUUCUGUCCUCGACGUGGAGGACUUGGUCAAACUGGGCAACAAACAGAGGGUCUGUCCCUACUACCUCUCCCGAUCCUUGAAACAACAAGCAGAUAUCGUCUUUAUGCCAUACAACUACCUGCUGGAUCCAAAGAGCCGCAGGGCGCACAGCAUCGAGCUGAAAGGAGCCGUGGUCAUCUUUGAUGAAGCUCACAACGUGGAGAAGACAUGUGAGGAGUCGACAUCCUUCGACCUGACUCCCUACGAUCUGGCCUCAGCCAUCACUGCUGUGGACCGGCUGCUGGUGGAGAAGACCAAAGAGGCUGCACAUGGAGAGUCACUCACUGAAGACUUCAACUCAGCUUUUAAAAUGGAUGUAGAGACCAUUGCUAAAAUUAAACGGAUCCUGCUGGAUCUGGAAGCUGCCAUCGACUCCUACGAGCUUCCAAGUGACAGAGGCGUCACCAAACCUGGCAUGUUCAUCUACGAGCUGUUGGAGAGAGCCCAGCUGACCUAUAGCACCAAGACAGCGGUCUACGAAGCUGUGGAGCAGAUCAGUGGAUACUUGGCAGGACAACCAGGAAUAUUCCUGAACAUCAACGGACUGCAGAAGCUGGCUGAUAUCAUACAGCUGGUGUUCUGUGGGGAGCCGUCAGACGAAAAGGAGCGACACAAGCUGAUGGAGUCCAACACGACUCAUUUUAAGGUUCACAUCCACCGAGACAAUAGCUUUCACAAGAAAAAACAGAGCGCUGACGUGUGGGCUGCGUCUUCAUCAAAGAAACAAGGCAACAUCCUGAGUUACUGGUGCUUCUCGCCGGGCUUCAGCAUGCAGGAGCUGGUGAAUCAGGAGGUCCGCUGCAUCAUUCUGACCAGUGGGACCCUCUCUCCCCUGACCUCCUUCACCUCUGAGAUGAGGAUAAAGUUCCCCGUGAGUCUGGAGAACAGCCAUGUGAUUGAGCGGGACCAGAUCUUUGUAAGCAUCAUUGAACGAGGCCCAGACGGAGUGGCGUUAAGUUCAGCGUUUGAUAGAAGGUUUGUUCCUGAAAACAUGGCGUCUUUAGGAAACACUGUUGCCAACCUGAGCCGUGUGGUUCCUCACGGUCUCUUGGUGUUUUUUCCCUCCUUCCCCGUGAUGGAAAAAACCCUGGAGUUCUGGAGAGCUAACGGACACGCAGACCGCAUCGAGAACGUGAAGCCCAUGUUUGUUGAGCCUAAAGGAAAGGGCACCUUUAACGAGGUUAUUGACGGAUAUUACAGCAAAGUCAAUGAUCCAGCGUCCAAAGGGGGAAGCUUCUUUGCUGUGUGUCGAGGGAAGGCCAGUGAGGGUCUGGACUUCGCAGACACCUUCGGUCGGGGCGUCAUCAUCACCGGCCUUCCUUUCCCUCCAAAGAUGGACCCUCGGAUCAUCCUGAAGAUGCAGUUCCUGGACGAGAUGAGGAAGAAGAAAGUUCCUGGGAUGACGUACCUGUCUGGGCAGGAGUGGUACAGGCAGCAGGCGUUCAGAGCGGUGAACCAGGCCAUCGGCAGAGUCAUUCGCCACAAGGAGGACUACGGCGCCAUCUUCCUGUGCGAUCAGAGGUUUAAAGGCUCUGAUGUCCGGGCUCAGCUUCCAUCGUGGGUCAGGCCUUAUGUGCGUCUGUACGACGGCUUCGGGAACAUGGUCCGUGACGCCUCUCAGUUCUUCAGGGUUGCACAGAAACUGAGGCCUGUGGUGGAGAAGAAGGCUGCAGCAGAGAGCUGUGGGACAGUGUGGUCAUCUGACACUCAGUCCUCUCGCUUCACCUCCUCCCACAGCUCCCACACACAGAAGGCCAAGGCGCUGGACGCUCACCUGCCUAGCCUGAAGAGGAGGAGGCUCAAUGAACACUCUGGAGCCAGUGGGAUGGCCAGGAUCUGUAUUGAGUAUGAGAGCGAGGUGCAGGAGAGUCAGAGGAGGCCGGCCAGCCUGCUGGAUGCUCUGGAGCGAGGCGACCAUGGCAGUGCAGAGGACGCCAACGCUGUUGUGGGAGAGGAGAAGGCAAACCAUUUGUCCACACUGUCUCUCCAACAUGACAAGAGGAUGGCUGAUGAGUUGCGAGGAGGCAAACGUAAAAUCAAAUUGGUCCAUGAACAGAGAGCGAGCGUGUCGGAUGAUGUGUCCGAGGAAGGCUCCGCCAGCAGGGCUAAGAAGUUCCUGGCGGAGAUGAAGAAGUCUCUGAGCCAGGUGAACUUUGACCGCAUCAUACAGGCUCUGCAGACCUACAAGAAGACAGACAACCUGGACAUCCUGCUGACAGAGACGGCUGUCUUAACCGAAGAUGCUAACACUCACAGUCUACUCCGGGGUAUCUACCAGUUCGUUCGGCCGCAUCACAAGAAGAGGUUUGAUGAGAGAUGCCAGCAGCUGACGGGGCAGAGCUGCGGGUACAAAGUGGACCACUCGCUGUCCAAGGACGAGAAGAAGGCGUUGGUGUUACAGAGCGCUACAGACAGACAGUCAGCUGUGGGUCUCACCUCUACCAGCACCACGUCUACCUGCAGUCAGCUGAACACACAGCAGCUCAACAAAGGAGGACACCAUCUGAACCAGCAGGGAUUGAGAGAGCCUCUGACUGGCUCUGCUCCAAAGAGCGAGGUCCACGCCGCCUUCCUGUCUGACGUGAAGAAAGCUCUCGGAGCAGAACAAACCGCUCGGCUGUUUCAGGCCAUUCACAGCUACAAGAAGACUGACAACUACGAGAGCCUGGUGACCACGGUGGUGAGCUUGUUCACAGAGAGAGACGAGGACUUCAGCCUUCUAGUCCGAUUCGGGAUGGUCAUCCGCCCUCACCAUAAGAAGCAGUACAAAGAGAUGCUGGAUGCUCUGAUAGGCCAGUCGGUCUCUGCUGCUGGUGCUGCUGCUCUGAGUGAAGACCAGCAAAGACCAGCUUCGUCUCCUCCUGCAAAGACACAAAGCAAGAUUUCCUGUUUCUUCUCAUGCAGCCAAAGAAAGUAGAGCUCUGUGGAUGGAUGUCAGUAGUGUUCCUGCUGACAUCCAGCGUGAACCCUCCCAGCUCUGAACACUGAAGCUGGACUGGCUCACGAUGAAUGAAUGAACCAGAUUGAGUGUUGGGACUCACUGUAUUUCAAACUAACCUGACGUCUGUAACUCCAACACAACAACAGCGCCUCAACAAGCAGAUCACUACUUUUGACUGUGCACAAGGACUCUGCACUUAAAGGAAGUGUACAGCCUGGUCUGUUGUGUAAUGUCAUGAAAAGUGAAAAUGUAAUGUGAAGAAUUAAAUUGUUUUUAUAUAUUUUCUUUCUUUAAUUAAAUUCAUAAAACAUCUCCGCCUCAGA